AAAUAUCUGAGUCCUUACAAUCUACAAAAAAUUUGCAACAAAAUUGAAAAUACCAAGUACUAAACUACAAAAGUCAAAAUUCCAAGAUUUCCAAUGAUAAAAUAAUAAUGUUUAUUUGAAAUAUUACAAUGUUCUCUAGAAAUAUGCGUUCUGCAGCAGAAUUAAGCUGCAAUCCAUUACUUCUAAGACAGUUACAUAAGCCUAAGAUAGGCUAUGCUCAAUUCCAAGUACGGCAACCUUUUCACAACUCGCGACAAAUGGGUCGUCGACGACCUCGGACUGAAGAUCCGUUUAGUCAACCGCAGAUUGUAACUGGUCCUCUUAGUCCUAAAUCGCUGCUCAAACCAUUGUUCUUUACUGUAGGGGUAAGAAGCUAUGGUCACAUCAAUAAGUUUAACUGGAUGUGUCAUUUGGGAAUAUGAGAAUCUUCGUUUACAUGCUAAAUCCCUAUUGAAGAGGCCCAGUAGCUGGUUAAAUAGCCACAAACAAUUUAACUCUCAUAGAAAAGAAGAUGGUCAAGUUAAGAAAUGGUGGAAUUCAUUAAAAACUACUGAAAAAGUGUUUUAUCCAAUCCUAGCCACAAACAUAUUAGUAUUUGGAGCUUGGCGUGUUAAAUCAAUGCAGCCAUUUAUGAUAAAAUAUUUCUGUUCAAAUCCAUCUGGCAGAGCUGUUUGCCUUCCUAUGCUGCUUUCAACAUUUAGUCAUUAUUCCACAAUGCAUUUAGCAGCAAAUAUGUAUGUUUUGUACAGUUUUAUGCCUGCUGCAAUGGCGUCAUUGGGAAAAGAACAGUUUGUGGCUUUGUACUUGAGUGCGGGUGUUAUAAGCAGUUUCGCCAGUGUCCUUUACAAAGUUAUACUCAAUCAACCUGGCCUCAGUCUUGGAGCGUCCGGAGCUAUCAUGUCCGUGUUGGCGUAUGUCUGUACCCAGUACCCUGACACCAGGUUGAGCAUAAUAUUUUUGCCCAUGUACACCUUCGCUGCUAGUUCGGCAAUUAAAGUAAUAAUGAGUAUUGACUUGGCUGGAGUUGUGUUGGGAUGGAAGUUCUUUGACCAUGCGGCUCAUCUUGGUGGAGCGUUGUUUGGCUUAAUGUGGUGUUAUUGGGGCGGCCAACAUGUUUGGGGAAACAGAGAGAAGUUUCUUCGGUAUUACCACAACAUAAGAACUAAUUCCGGAUAACAUAAUUUAUGAAAAUGGUGAUUGAAGAUUUGAUAAUAUAUUGUGCAAUUGUAUCAUACUUUGAUAGAUUUUAUUGUGUUACAAAUAAAAAGCCAAGUUCUAUAAA